AUCCCGGGCAAACCUAGCUGCAGGGCUCUGGGGACACCUAGGGUCUGUGCUCCCCAGGACGGCUCCAUCCUCCCCUGAGGUUCAGUGGCCAGACUGCUCUCCUGGGAGGAGCCAUGGAGGAUUCCCAGUCAGAUAUGAACACCGACCUCCCGUUGAGUCAAGAGACAUUUUCAUACCUGUGGGAACUCCUUCCCGAGGACUCCGUGCUGUCUGCCUCGAUACCUUCCGAAGCUGAGGGGGUGGACAGUCUGCCACUGCAGGACGUCUUGUCAAACUGGUUACAAAACCAGGGAGGCACUCAAGGGAUGUCAGCGCCCCCCACACCUGCCCCCUCCUGGACCCUGUCGUCUUCCGUGCCUUCUCAGAAGACCUACCCGGGCACCUAUGGCUUCACCCUGGGCUUCCUGAAUUCCGGGACUGCCAAGUCUGUCACCUGCACGUACUCCCCCGACCUGAACAAGCUGUUUUGUCAGCUGGCAAAGACCUGCCCGGUGCAGUUGUGGGUCACGUCUCCGCCCCCGCCUGGCACCCGUGUGCGCACCAUGGCCAUCUACAAGAAGUCCGAGCACAUGACAGAGGUUGUGAAGCGUUGUCCGCACCACGAGCGUUGCUCUGACUAUAUCGAUGCCCUGGCUCCUCCUCAGCACCUCAUCCGGGUGGAAGGAAACCAGCGCGCUGAGUACCUGGAGGACAACGUGACCCUGCGACACAGUGUUGUGGUGCCCUAUGAGCCCCCCGAGGUCGGCGCCGACUGUACCACCAUCCACUACAACUUCAUGUGUAACAGCUCCUGCAUGGGGGGCAUGAACCGGCGACCCAUCCUCACCAUCAUCUCCCUGGAAGAUACCAGUGGCAAUCUGCUGGGGCGUAACAGCUUUGAGGUGCGGAUUUGUGCGUGUCCUGGGAGAGACAGGCGCACUGAGGAAGAAAACUUCCACAAGAAUGAUGAGCCUUGCCCCAGGCCACCCCCGCAGAGCACUAAGCGAGCACUGCCCACCAGCACCGGUUCCUCCACCCAACCAAAGAAGAAGCCACUGGAUGAAGAAUAUUACACCCUUCAGAUUCGUGGCCGUGAACGCUUCAAGAUGUUCUGGGAGCUGAAUGAGGCAUUGGAGCUGAGAGAUGCCCAGGCUGGGAAGGAGCCAGAGGGGAGCCAGGCUCACUCCAGCCCCCUGAAGGCUAAGAAGAGACCAUCUACCUCCCGCCACAAAAAGACCACCUUCAAGAAAGAGGGGCCUGACUCAGACUGACACCACUGUGUCCGGUCGCCCAUGUAUACAACCCUGCCCCCCACACCUUUGCCCUCCUCUUCUAGCCUUUUGAAACUGAGGUGCUUGAACCCUGCUUGGCACUGGUGUACCUCCGAAUCACCCAGGAACUCUUGGUCUCCUCCCCUAAGAAGUUGGACUGCACCGGCGGGGUUUUUUGUUUGCUUGCUUGCUUGCUUGCAUUUUGAGGGUGAGGGCCGCUGGCACACUCCUGAGUUCAGCUCUUACAAAGAACCCUUGGGAGCGAUAGGAAUAUGGUCGUGCUUGUGAGAGUUAGCUUUUCCAACCAGCUAUACGUUCAUCGGAAGGCCCACAUCACCAGCACUCAAUGAAGGAUGUGGAAUGCGCCUUCUCCCGGGGAACACUGGUCCCUACCUCACACCGAUCCCUACCUCCUGGGCUUGCCCCUGUUCCAGGGAAACAGAAGGCUGAACCAAUAACCACAAGGGCCCCAGCUGCCUGGCCUUCGAACCCUCAGGGGUUAUGGUGAUGUGGCCUCUGGGUCUUUCCCUUAGGGGCGCUGGGCCCCUAUCCCUGCUGGUUGACAGGCCGAUUGGGCAGCUGGUUAAGGGAAGGGAGUUGGCUUAUCCCUUUUCUGCUGGCCAAGCCAAGUCCUGUCCGGACUCUUGGUAAGGCUCAGCGCCAGCAGGGAAUCUCACAUCUCACCCCCUCCCAGGCCCUGGAGGAGUCCAGCGCCAACACUGGAUCUGUGUCCAACACCAUCUGUGUCACUGCCCCUUGAUGCUCAGGGUCUCCGCACUGUGCAAGGGCACAUCUGCCUGUCCUUCCCCUGUGACCCCUCCCCUCCCCCACUUUGUAUACCCCAUUUUUAUAUCCAAUUCUUAUUUUACAAUAAAACUGCCACUUGUGUGCCUGA